UCCCCUUUAUUUGUAUUUUUUGCGACUGACUGCAGCUUCUGCGCCGCUGCCGCUCAUACGCAAUCCCCGGAUAGGUGGUUGCCAUGGAUUCCUGGGUCACAUGCGUGGGUUUCCUAUAGCCAGAAGCAGCAGAAGAUGCUUGGACCAAAAAUCCAGAGCCAUUUUCAUUAAAGAAAAAAAAAAGAGAGCGAAUUCGCCGCGGACGCCUUCCUGCCUGGAUGACCCGACGACAUCCGAUUAUUCUCAAUCUCGACUGCUUGCUUUGAUAAUCCUUCAUUUACCGCUUCAACCGGUUUUGUCCACAUUUAUAGACUGAUAACAGGAAUGAGUAUAGAAAUUCCUGAAGGACUGACGGAGCUGUUACAGAGCUUUACCGUGGAAGUGUUAAGGAAUCAGCCAAGGGAUUUACUCGAGUUUGCAUUGCAGUACUUCACCCAGCUGAAGGACAACGAGACGAAAGAGGCCGCUUUUGGCAAUGACCAAAAUUCGGCCCCGAGAUCUGGAAAAGCGGUCAAUUUCAUUGACGAAGCCAUGCAGAUCGAUUCCGAGAACGGGGAGGAGGAGGAGGACGACGACGACGACGACGACGAGGAGUUUAUAGCCCCGGUGAUAAACAGAUUCAUCAGGAGAGCAUCAGUGUGUGCUGAGGCAUUCAAUCCUGAUGAGGAUGAAGAAGACAAAGAGCCCAGAGUCACCUACCCCAAAACUGACGAACAGAGACAGAGACUACAGGAGGCAUGCAGGGACAUUCUUUUGUUCAAGAAUUUGGAUCCUGAAGAAAUAUCUCAAGUGCUGGAUGCCAUGUUUGAGAAGUUCUGCACAGAAGGAGAGCACAUCAUUGAUCAGGAUGAUGAUGGGGACAACUUCUACGUUAUUGAAAGUGGGACAUUUAACAUUUUCGUGAAGGUGGAUGGCAUUGAGAAGUUGGUGGGCUGCUAUGACAACAGAGGCAGUUUUGGAGAACUAGCGCUGAUGUACAACACCCCCAGAGCAGCCACAAUCAUUGCCACCUCGCCUGGAGCCCUUUGGUGCCUGGAUCGUCUGACAUUCAGGAGAAUCAUAGUGAAGAACAACGCCAAGAAGAGGAGGCUUUAUGAGGCAUUCAUCGAAACACUACCACUUCUGACAUCUUUAGAGACAUCAGAGAGAAUGAAGGUGGUAGAUGUCCUCUCCACCAGGGUGUACAACGAUUCACAGCAAAUUAUUGCUCAGGGUGACUUGGCAGACUGCUUCUACAUAGUUGAGAGUGGCCAAGUUAGAAUCACAAUGAAGAGAAGCCGGAUGACAAAAAAGGAUCAGGAGGAGGAAGAGGUGGAAAUUGCGACCUGCACGAGGGGCCAGUAUUUUGGGGAGCUGGCUCUGGUCACAAACAAGCCAAGAGCCGCAUCUGCCUAUGCUGUGGGGAGUGUCAAAUGCCUGGUCAUGGACGUCCAAGCGUUUGAAAGGUUGCUUGGCCCGUGCAUGGACAUCAUGAAAAGAAACAUCGCAAACUAUGAGGAGCAGCUGCAGAGCCUUUUUGGAAGUAGCCCGGAAAUUGAGCAGCCAAGUGCAUGAGGUGACUCCAAUGGACCAUGAGGGGAUAGAUGGGUGGUGGGAUGGGGGUGGGGAUACUUGUGUGGAUGUUUUUCUUCAUAGCCCUUCUAAAAGCCUUUUUUUGUUACAAGAAAUGUGAAUAAAUACUACACAAUCGCAUUUGUGUGUCAAAUAAGUAAACCAUACUUAAUAGUCACAUUUAAGUAGAAUUUGUCACAGAUGUCAUGACGUCGAUUAGCCAAAGCAGAGUUGCUUUAAGCUCGUUUUGUUACGUUUUCAGAGACUUUCACCUUUAAAAAUGUACACAUUCUUCUUGUAAGUGCCAGGUAUGUUAGUUGUUAAUUUAAAUGUUUCCCCGGUGUUAUAGCUACGCUUAAAGCAUUGCUUUGUUUGUAACAUCUACACUGUAUUAAAAACCUGAAGCCAAAGCAAUUUCUUACUGGAUCAUUGUUAAUAACUAUGUCCUGUUGUCCUAUCACAGCUGGAACAUACGACAGACGAGAAAAUCGAAAGUAUAUACAUUCGGAUUUUGUUUUUUUGCAUUUUGACUGCAUCAGAUUGAAGUUUAUGAAAAAGAAAAAAAAACAUUUAUUAUUGGUUUCACCUGCAUUUCAUAAACUGUACUUCUUAAAUGUGUGUGGCUGUUUGCCUAAUGUUCUGCUUCUACAAAAUAGAAAAAGAAUGAACAUUUUUAAGAAAACAAAUGAUUUUUUUAAACCAUACAACAAAUUAUACUUUUAAAAUUGAGUAUUACCUGUUAUUAUAUAAGCCCCCUUUGACUUGAAAGGUUGCCACUCUAGAUAAGUUAGCAUAGGCAAUGUUGUGAGAUCAUUUAAUUCACUUGUUUAAUUGUAAAAUGUUUACUCAUGCUGCUUUUGUGUUGGUGUACUAUACAUUGUUGAGACAGCUUUUAUCGCUGCCUACCUCUGCCAAAAAAUUCCCCUUUCAGUGGGAAUUCAAUGUGUGUCCUCUUCCUUUAGCAAAAUCGAGAUAUGGAGUCAUCUGUAUUUCUGCAGCAGAAAUGUUUUAAACAGGGUUUACAUUUAAACAUGCUGACUUUAUCCCCUCUGGUGGCACAAGCCAUUUUGAAGGCAAACAGAGAUGACAUGUACGUUUCACUUUUCAUGUCAAUAAAGAAAGUUUUGUACUAGUGUG